UUUACUAAUCUUUGAAAUAUCAAUCAAAAAUCUCAUAUUAUCGUCCGAAAGUCAGAUAUCCAAUAUGACCGAGAGACAGGAAGAGGCCUCCCUCAUGGAAAAUACAACCCUAGGCAACAUCAUUCUCGAUGAGUUUACCUGGGACUUUAUGGCCGCCAUAUUCGACGGGGAGUUAUAUAGCAUUAUUGUAGAGAUUGUGGCUCAAACUCUCCUUAUUGCUAUUGGUGUAGCCAUAGCCACGAAAUGCCUCGUACGGGGUCUUGUCCGAACAGCGGAGCACGCAUUUUACUGCGUCCUCGGAUUAUUUCUAGCCGUUGGCGAGGCGCUGCUGUUCAGACACAGCUGGUGGCUGGUUCGGAUGAUCGGGAUGCCCAGUCUGGAAUUGAUGCACAGUACUUUGGGCCUGCUGGGGUUCUGGAGCGGAUGCAUUGGGGUGCUACCCAAGUUGCGGCAGUGGUCCGAGCUGAAGCGACGGCAUGGACACACGUCGUGCAUCAGUAUUAAACACUGUCUGACCAAGCAUGGACUCUGCGGCCUGAUGGGUCUGCUCCUAACCUUAGGCUGUCUCUUGUCGGGUCUGGCCUUGCUCGGGAUCAGAAAUGUUUCUCUGCACUGGUCGCACCGUAUUUUAGGGCUUUCGGGUUUCUUUUGUUCGAUCUGCAGUCAAUGGUUUGCCUUCAACUCAGGGUUCGCUCGACGAGAGUGGCGCGAAAAUCAGAUCAAACUAUUUAAGCUGGGAUCUCUGGCCACCAUUAUCACGGUGGCCCACUUUGAGCUCUGGAGUCUUGCGAGGGACGUUGUUUAUCUUAUGCCCAAGUCUACACUCGGGCCGAUUGGCGUUAAAGAAGAAGAAUCAUCAUGAUUGACCAACUUCAGUCAGUUAGAACUGAGUAAAUUUUGUGACUAAAUUUAAUUUUUGAUUCAAA